GAGUGUGCUUCUGGCCGACUGUCAAGAUGGUGACCCUCCGGCACGUGUUCGGCGGCGGGCUCUCGUUUGUGAGUACUUCUGCUGGAGCAGUUCUGUGUGGACAGCAGCCAGUUGGGCUUGCUGAGAGGGGUGAUAAAGAGAAGCACAAGGAUGAUGAAUCCAAGGGUGGCGGAGGGGGACCCAGAAGGAAAGACACAGCAGUUGGGUUUGAUCCCGAGGCCCUUGAGCGUGGUGUGAAGGCUCUGCGAGAGAUGAAUGCUUCACCUCACUCGAAGAAAAUCUUAGAGUUGAUGCACAAACAGGAAGAAAUGCGCCAGACGGAGGAGAAAGUGAAGAUUGCCGAGUAUCAAGCUCUGCAGACUCAGCGGGAGAUUGAGCAAGAGACGGUUUUGUACGAGGACCAGCGGACGAUCAUGCAGCAACAGACGUCAGGAGCAAGCAAAGAAGGCGCACCUGGCGAGGUAGGAGGAUGAACUUGCUCGGAGACGGGUGCAGGCUGAUCAUGACGCUCAACAAGGUCGAAAUGCCGAGUCAGUGAAGAUGGAACAGGAACUGGUGCAAAAGCAAGAGGCUAUUCGUCGAAUUACAGAGGAACAGAUCCAGCAGCAAUGACGUGCCACAGAGAGGGAAAAGGUGGAGCUGGAACGAGAGAACCUGCGAAUGAAGCCGAUGGCUGAUG